AUGGCCACAUUCGUUGGUCUUCUUCUUCUUCUUCUUUGUCCGCUGCUGCGCUCCUGUGCAGCAGCAUCGGCGGGAGUAGGACACACGCUGGGCGCCGGGUCCUCCCUGUCCGUGGAAGACCACGACCGGCCCUUCCUGGUGUCGCCGGACGCCACCUUCUCAUGCGGCUUCCUCCCAGCCGGGAAGAACGCCUUCUACUUCUCCGUCUGGUUCACCGCGGCCACGGACCGGACCGCCGCCUGGACGGCCAACCCCGGCGCCCCCGUCAACGGCCGGGUCUCCCGCAUGUCCUUCAGCGCCGACGGCAAGCUGUCCCUCGCCGACGCCAACGGGACGACCGUGUGGGACAGCAAGAACGCCGGCAACAAGCACUUCACCGUCUCCCUUCUCGACACCGGUAAUCUCCUCGUCGCGGACCCCUCCUCCGGCCGUGCCGUGUGGCAGAGCUUCGACUGGCCCACGGACACCCUGCUCCCGUCGCAGCCGCUGACCAAGGACACGAGGCUCGUCGCCGGCUACUACUCCCUCUACUACGACAACGACAACGUGCUGCGGCUCUUGUAUGACGGCCCGCAAAUCGCCAGCAUCUACUGGCCUGACCGGGAUAUAGGCGUGUUCGGGAGCGGCCGGACCAACUACAACAGCUCACGCAUCGCCGUCCUCGACGACACCGGCGUGUUCCUCUCCAGCGACAACCUCCGAGUCGAGGCCUCCGACCUGGGCGCCGCCGGCGUCAAGCGGCGGCUAACCAUCGAGCAGGACGGAAGCGUGAGGAUGUACAGCCUGGACGCCGCCGGCGGAUGGGCGGUCACGUGGGCUGCCGUGAAGCAGCCGUGCUCCGUCCACGGGCUGUGCGGCAAGAACGCCGUCUGCGAGUACCUGCCGUCCCCACGCUGCUCCUGCGUGGCGGGGUACGAGAUGGUGGACCGCCGGGACUGGAGGAAGGGCUGCAACCCCACCUUCAGCCUCCCCGCCGCCACCGCCACCAACUGCAGCACGUCGGAAAAGCGGUUCACGUUCGUCAAGGUGGCCUCCACUGACUUCUACGGCUACGACAUCGGGUACAACAGCUCCGUCACGUUCGAAUAUUGCGAGAGCAUCUGCUUGAGCAUGUGCUCCUGCGCCGCCUUCGCCUACAAGAAGGAUGGCACCGGCCAGUGCUACCCGAAAGGGGUCCUCUUCAACGGUUACACGUCGUCCACCGCCCCCGGAAACAUAUAUCUCAAGGUGCCCACCGACCUCAACGCCUCGGCACCGCCGCCGUCCAUGGCCCUCGACUGCAGUCUUGAUGGCUUUGAUACGGCCAUCGACCCGCCAACGUACGUCGACACGUAUGGGGCACUAAGAAGCGGCCCCAACUUGUCCUACCUCUUCUGGUUCGCCGCGGUGCUGGGAUUUCUCGAGCUACUCUUCGCCGCCACGGCAUGGUGGUUCAUGUCUGGCCAGGAGAGCAUGCCCAGUUCGCUGGAGGCAGGCUACCGGCUGGUCAUGGGGACCCAGUUCAGGAGGUUCACGUAUCGAGAGCUCAAGAAAGUGACCGGGGACUUCAACGAGGUGCUCGGCCGCGGCGGCUCCGGCGUGGUGUACCGCGGCGUGCUUGACAAGACCACCGUGGUGGCGGUGAAGGAGCUGACAAACGUGCUGCAGGGCGAGGAGGAGUUCUGGGCGGAGAUGACCGUGUUUGGGAGGAUCAACCAUAUCAACCUGGUGAGGAUCUGGGGGUUCUGCUCCGAGGGAAAGCACAAGCUGCUGGUAUACGAGUACGUGGAGAACGGGUCGCUCGAUAGGCACCUAUUCAGCGAGGACAGCAGCAAGGCGCUGGCAUGGAGAGAGCGGUUCAAGAUCGCGUUGGGCGCGGCCAAGGGCCUAGCCUACCUCCACCAUGAGUGUCUAGAGUGGGUCAUUCACUGCGACGUCAAGCCGGAGAACAUCCUACUCACUCGAGACCUCGACCCAAAGAUCGCCGACUUCGGGCUGUCCAAGCUGUCCGGGAGGAAAGCCGUCGGCGACGGCGUGCAACUCUCCCAGAUGAGGGGGACGACGGGGUACAUGGCACCCGAGUGGGUGCUGGGCCUGCCGAUCGACGCCAAGGUCGACGUGUACAGCUAUGGUAUCGUGCUUCUGGAGAUCUUGAUGGGAAGCAGGAUAACAGAACAGAGGACUGUGGACGGCAAGGAGCGGCUACAGAUGAACCAGAUCGUGCAGGCGCUGAAGCAGGUGGUGGCGAGCGGAGACAUCAUGUCAUUGGUGGACAGCAAGCUGAACGGACAGUUCAACCCUCGACAGGCCAUGGAAAUGUUGAAGAUCUCCUUGUCAUGCGUGGAGGAGAGGAGCAGCAGGCCGGCCAUGGACGACAUCUUCAAGGCUCUUAUCGCGUGCGAUGACGAGGACGAACACCCUGCGUACUUGUCGUGA